GCAGAGAUGAAUAAACAAAGAGGAACCUUCUCAGAAGUGAGUCUGGCCCAGGAUCCAAAGAGGCAGCAAAGGAAACCUAAAGGCAAUAAAAGCUCCAUUUCAGGAACCGAACAGGAAAUAUUCCAAGUAGAAUUAAACCUUCAAAAUCCUUCUCUGAAUCAUCAAGGGAUUGAUCAAAUAUAUGACUGCCAAGGUAACACAUUAAAUAGAUCUUCAAUAUUAUCGUUACAGGAUGUGCAGUUGAGUGCAGAAGGGUGGGGAAAGAUUAGGGAAUAUUUUGCACUUGUGAGAAUCAGAGUUAUCAUUAUGUUUCCCUUCCUGGAGCAGAGCAAUUCUUCCCUGAAUACAAGAACCCAGAAAGUACGUCAUUGUGGCCAUUGUCCUGAGGAGUGGAUUACAUAUUCCAACAGUUGUUAUUACAUUGGCAAGGAAAAAAGAACUUGGGCAGAGAGUUUGCUGGCCUGUACUUCAAAGAACUCCAGUCUGCUUUCUAUAGAUAAUGAAGAAGAAAUGAAAUUUCUGACUGCCAUUUUACCAUCCGCAUGGAUUGGUGUGUUUCGUGACAGCAGUCAUCAUCCAUGGGUGACAAUAAACGGUUUGACUUUCAAACAUGAGAUAAAAGACUCAGAUCAUGCUGAAUAUAACUGUGCAAUGCUACAUCUAGAUAGACUUAAAUCAGUCGAGUGUGGAUCUUCAAAAAGAUAUUAUUGUAAGCAUAAGCUUUAG